AGCAUCCAAGUUGCAUUUUCUCCUCUCACCCUAACUUGAUUGUGAUUUCAGUAGACGUCACUCAUCUGCAUAGGGAGUAAAAUGCAACCAUCCUGCAAGGCUUUUUUGCGCCCUGAAACUCUCUGUAGCCUCGCCGUGUGAUAAAAGGACCUACUAAUUGCUGCAUAACCGAAACUACAAACAUGGAAGGAGUAGGAUGUUACUAGCAUCCGCUGUAGUGGUAUGGGAAUGGCUGAACGAGCACGGACGCUGGCGGCCCUACAGCCCGGCUGUCUGUCAUCACAUCGAGGCAGUCAUCCGGAGCGACCCGCGGUGUGGUAGUGUUGUCCUCGGCCAGGUGGACUCUCGCCUCUCGCCCUACAUCAUCGAUUUGCAUUCCAUGCACCAGUUCCGACAAGACACAGGUACCCUUCGACCGGUACGACGUAGCUUCUACGACCCCACCUCAGCGCCAGGCCAGGGCUGGUUGUGGGAGUGGGAGAACGACGCUGGCAGUUGGACGGCCUACGACACGGAGGUGGGCAUCGCAAUCCAGGCAGCACGCGAUCGUCAGCAGCCCUGGCUGGACCUGGCGCCGCUGGGUUUCUGCUACCUUAUUGACUUUGAAAGCAUGACCCAAAUCAACGGGCAGACACAGCGCUGCCGCCGCAUCCAGCGCCGCUCCGACCUGGCUUACCCGCUGGUGUCCGGCCCCUUGCCCAAAUCCCACCACGCCUGGGGGCCCAUGUCCAUGCCCAGCCAUGGAGGACUGCUUGGUGUGGAUGUAUCUGGAGUGGGCAUGGGGAUGCGGAUGAGCAGCAGUGGGACUGGAAACGGCAGCGCGUAUCCCAGCGGGGCACUCCCUGCCUCAUCCAUCACCUCCUUGGGACAGCCCUGCGCCUGUCAGCAGUGUAUGUUGGUGCUAAGUGUCAAAGCAGGCGCCAUGUCUGCUCACACUCUAGGUCGACGACCGCCACAGACCAAACCACCUAGUCCCAAAAUCAGCAGUUACUCUGUCCCAGGAGGGUCGUACUCACUAACCCUCCCUCGUCCUCCUUCCCUGUCACGGUCAUUUUCCCCCCACAGGACGUCCAUAGUCGGGGCGACAGGUGGCUUUAGUCUAGGUGGUAUGGGUGGUGCAGGAGGUGUUGGUAUCGUCGGUGGUAGUGGUGUUGGCAGUGCCAGCUUUGGUUACGGAGGAGGCUUCACCCACUCGCUUUCCCUCCUUGGCUCAGCCACCGCCGCCUUGUCCAUUUCCUCCACCCGUCCCCCUCCUCCACCUCUCCCCCCUCCCCCACCACCUCCUCCUCCACCCUCCACCACACUCUCAUCUGCUGCCACCUCUCCCCCUCACCCCUCCACCUCGUCCUCCCUCUCUGCUUCCUGUUCUGCCCCUACAGUGCCCGCUCCAGGCCCACCUAUCAUCUCCACGGCCGCCUCCACCUGCACGCCCUCGCCUUCUGCCCGCGUCCUGGGUCCAGUGUCUUCAUCUGGUGCUGCUGCCUGCGCAGCCCCCCUGCCACCCCGGUCCAGCCUAGCAGGGCUGAGCCGACCUGCACUGCAGCGUAUCGCCAUGGCUCAGUCACGUGCCCUUAUCGCCUCUGGAGUGCCAACUGUUCCAGUGAAGAACCUGAAUGGAUCAAGCCCUGUACACCCUGCGCUGGCAGGCAUUACAGGCAUCCUGAUGAGCGCAGCAGGACUUCCUGUCUGCCUGACUCGCCCUCCCAAGUUGGUGCUUCAUCCUCCACCGGUCAGCAAGAGUGACAUCAAGCCCGUCUCCGGUCUGGGCCACUGCUGUCGCAAGACCACAAAGAAACAGGCUCGUAAAGGGAAGACCCCUGAGGAGGUGGUGAAGAGGUACCUUCAGAAAGUCCGCAAUCCCCCAGAGGAGGACUGCACCAUCUGCAUGGAGGCCCUGGCCGGACCAUCGGGCUACAAAGGCCCAGGCGUGGGUGGCAUCUCCCGAGCCGAGUCGGUGGGCCGCCUGGCACAGUGUGGUCACCAGUACCACCUCCAAUGCCUCGUUGCUAUGUACAACAAUGGCAACAAGGACGGCAGCCUGCAGUGUCCCACCUGCAAGACCAUCUACGGAGUCAAGACUGGCAACCAGCCCCCGGGCAAGAUGGAGUACCAUGUCAUCCCCCACUCGCUACCCGGCCAUCCGGACUGCAAAACCAUCCGGAUAAUUUAUAACAUCCCUCCUGGCAUUCAGGGCCCAGAGCACCCAAAUCCAGGCAAACCCUUCACCGCCCGCGGGUUCCCCAGACACUGCUACCUCCCUGACAGCGAGAAGGGACGCAAGGUUCUGAGGCUUCUACUGGUGGCGUGGGACCGCCGGCUCAUUUUCUCUGUGGGUACAUCCAGCACCACAGGCGAGUCCGAUACAGUCAUCUGGAACGAGGUGCACCACAAGACGGAGUUCGGCUCCAACCUGACGGGCCACGGCUACCCCGACCCCGGCCACUUGGACAACGUUCUGGAGGAGCUCAAGGCUCAGGGCAUCACCGAGGAGGAGUGCCUACCGAGAGACUGAACGGAGACAUUCACACACUAUCCUGGGAAGGGAUCCACAGCUGGACAGAGGAAUUAUUUUCAAAGUCUGAUUAAAAAAAAAAAAAAAAAGAAACAACUAUAACCAUCAGAGAUGGAAAACAACUUCUAAAAGCAAAACUCUUUGCUGCGAAUAAAAUUUCUCCUAUGACUGCAUGAGUCAGUUUCGAUACGUGGGAAAUAAUGUUUUUCUCCCGAUGCAGUGUCAAGAUCGCAGAUGAUAUUCAGUGAGACAUUUGAGACCACUGUGCACAUACAAGUAAGUGUUAGAUUUAAAAAUAAAAAAAAAAUAAAAAAAUUAUACUGUGAGACUUCAUAUCAAGAAUGUAACUAAGUGAAUUUUGCUGAAUUGAAGUGUUUACCACGCCUACUACUGCUGCUGCUAUGUGGAACUGAAAGGAGGUUAAACUGGAGAAAAGAAGUGGAGGUCUGUACGUUUUGUCAAGUGUUAGUCCACAAGCAGAAGGAACUUGUCACUGCAGAUAAAUAUUUCAAGUGUAUAACUGGAUAUCUGAGCAUGAAUAUUUGCUGACCUCUAGUGGUACUUUUCCAGAACUACAUUCCUUUUUAGGUUUGAUUUUUAUUCAAUUGUAUUGUUGUAAAUUAUGAAUACUUGAUAUAUUAUAUGAUAUUGAUUCCAUUCUAUCAUGUUUUUUAUAAUUUAAUUUUGUUUUAUAUGGUAUGUUUCUUUGCAUUGUUUUUGGGUGUGGUGUGACUGAGAUGUGGGGUGAAGUUAAGAUAAACUGCUGGUGUACCAGAGUUUGCCUGACUUUAUAUGCCAUAUACCAGCCCCCUUUCUUUAAAAAAAAAAAAGAAAAAUCAUUUUCAGUAUUUUGUAUUUGAUAGGUUCAGAAACUGACAUUCCUUAAUUGUUCUGCCCUCAGAGCAUGGGUGCAUUUAAUAGCUUUCUGUCUUCUUGUAUCUGCGUUAAUGUUAAGGACUGAUAGAGGAAAAGCUACUAUGGAUUACACCAUUCCCCCCUGGAGGAGUAGAUUCCCAAAAAGCUAGGAUUGGACCUCCUGCUUGAGCUCAGACUUGCACAGAGCUUUCUACUUAGUAUCAAAAAGAACCAGACAGCUUAUAUCUACUGUAUAAUUGUGUAGGAUACACACACCAGCCUCAAAUGCUCUAAUCACACUACAAAAUGUGCUCACCAAUUGUUUUUGUCAUAUUAAGUUUUUGUCAUGAGCAGGUGCAGAAGAUUAUCUCUUGUUGUGGAUCCAGCUUUGGCCAAAAUGGUCCAGUCAGUUUGCAUUCGGUCCGUUGUGGACCGGUGUAUUAUGAGGUACGUGUACGGUAUGUGUUGACAUACUGAUGUAAGCCAACAUUUAAAGCAUUUAUACUUUAUGAUACUUUAUGUAUGCACUGUACUGUAUGUAUGUGUUUUAUGUGCACAAAUUUGCAUUAAACAUUUUUCUAAGGUUCAAUGAGAUAACAGAACUUUA